AUACCAUACCACGAGAUCAUACUACACGAGACAACGCCAUAAGAUGGAAGCAGAACUCGAAGCAUACGAAUACCAGCUGUCACAGGUCAAGCUCUCGCUCGAGGCCGAUCCGGGCAAUGUCGAGCUCACCACUCUCAAAGGCGAACUCGAGGAGAUCAUCGAUUUGACGAAACAAGCUCUUGGGGUGUCUGGCACGAAGGCGGCAGGUGUGACAGAGGGUUCAAGCAAGGGCAAGGGAAAAUCGAAGGAGAAGGGUUUCAAGGCGGGAGAUGAAGUUUCGGCGCGGUACAAGGACAUGAAAUGGUACCCAGCCCGUAUAACGGCCAUCUCUGGACCUUCCGAAAAUCUCUCCUACACCCUCAUCUUCAAGGGCUACACCACCCCCAUCACCCUCCCCGCUGUCUGCCUCAAACCGAUCUCUGAACAACCCGCCGAAUCCCUCGAACUGGCCCCCCCUUCGACGCUUGGAGGAGUCAAGCGAAAGCUCUCUGCAGCCGAGGAAGAGAAGGAGAAGGAGAAGAGGAAGAAGAAGAAUGAUAAGUGGGCGGAGAAGCAGAAGGAAAAGACGCAAGAGACUUUGCAGAAGAAGAGCGCUUGGGAGAGUUUCGGCAAGAAGGCUGCGAAGAAGGGACACAAGAUCGGAGGGCUGGAAGGCAAAUCGAUUUUCCGAACGCCCGACAACCCCACUGGGAAAGUUGGAGUCGUCGGGAGUGGUCAAGGAGUUACCUCGUACGACAAGAUGGGCAAGCACAAAUUCAACGCUGCCGGUCAGAGGGAAGAUUAGGACCGGACUUUUCCAUCUCCGUGACACGAACCUUCGCGUUUCUAUGGGAAUGCUCGUGAAGAGGGAAGCGAGAGAGAUGCAACGAGCCAGGGCUUCAUAUCGAUGGAGGCUGACCUCAUAUACCCAACGGAUUCCGUUGAAUAGCCUAUCCGUCCCUAUCCCAUACAAACAACUUACAACACCAAUGGAAUGCAAGACCCGCCGGCCCCCGAUCAAAUCUGAUCUUCUCGACGAAAUGGGAGGGCAAAAUAUCGUGGAUGAGUCUUUCUGCCCCUUUCGUAACUACCUUUUUCCGAAUAUCUCAACUGGACAAACCGGUCUGAACAUGAACGAAUCUCUUCCCCCUUCCCUCUCGUAAUUUAUCUUUACUAUCCCUUGACGGUGGUAUGACUGGAUUGGGUGCUUGGCUGUAUCGUUUUUUAACUUCGAUCCUAUUUGUAACCGGCAUGAUAUUAUGACAUUGUCUACUUCGGCGA